AGCUUACCACCGAAAAAAGAAGAAGAUCAAAGUUGUUUAUGAUAAAUAUUAAAUUUCGGAAUUUUAAUAAAAGAAAAGAAACAUUGCAAAUAACCAUGGAAGAAGAUUCAACUGUUCAAAAAUUCCCAAUUGUAGUCGGAUCCAAAUUAGAAAAAAAUACUGUAGAAAUAGAAAAGACAAGUACGGCAGAGGAACCUUCUGGAGUGUCACUUCUCAGAUCUUGGUUAAACAAAUCUUUUAAAGUAGAAAUGACUGAUGGAAGAGUACUGGUUGGAAUAUUUUUGUGUACAGAUAGAGAUGCUAAUAUAAUUUUAGGUUCUUGUUCUGAGUAUUUACCUUCUGAACACAAGAGUAAAACUAUAAACGAAGAACCUAGAAUGCUGGGGCUAGUUAUGAUACCAGGGAAACACAUUGUCAGUUUGCACAUAGAUAGUAGUGAUUACGACUGUGGACAGAAGGAUCCUCUUACUAAAGAUAUUAAUAAUGAAGAUGUUAUGUAAUUUUAACUUUGAUUCAUUUAUUCAAUAUACACUGUUUCAUGAGUCUCUCUAAGAUAGGUGCCAGCUAUGAAAAUCAAACCAUACUGGGUUUUACAGCUCCUUAUGUUUUUUUUCCAAAAUUUUGGUGGAAAUUAGAAAUUCAAAACUUCAGUUUUGUGUAUUAAUUUAUAACUUUAAAAUUUUUCUCUGUUCAUAGAUCUUAACUAGUUGUUUAUUUUUAUUAAUAAGCAGUUUAUCAGGGAUUUGUCGUUGGCACAAAUAUAUUUCACAAAGUUUCCAUACCAAUAAUCUAUUUUUAUGUUGAAAAGCCAGAAAAAUACUAAACCUCAAACCUUAGUAACCUGCCUAACAAACAUUCAAAUCUUAGUCAGGUUAACUGGAUCAUAAUUAUCAUCUUUAAAUACAGAUUUUUUACACUUAGUUUGAUUUUUUAACAUUUUUUCCACUACUAUUAUAGUUGCCCUGAAAGCAAACAUGGGACUAGGUCAAUAAAAUAAUUUAACAUCAUACUCAAAAUAUUUUAUUAAUAAACCUGAAUGAAACGAGAUUUAGGAGGUAUGGGUUUGGUAACCAUACAUUUAAUAAAAUAAGAACAACUUUAUAAUUUACAUAGUAAAUUUUUUUCAUUCGUGCACUCCAAUAUUUUGUAACUUUUGUGAAGAUAUUUUUUGUUUUAUUUAUACAAAAUCUGUUUUUGUGAAAAUCCAUAAUUUGCAUUAUAAUAUACAUUAUAAUUGAAAGUGAGUUCAACUUAUUGAAUUGAGUGUAUAUUAAUUUAUUAAACAAAAUAAGAAA